AUGUCAAAAUCUAAUACAGUAAGAUGUGACAUGUCAGCUUAUAAAAGAAAUAAGUGCUACAACCCAAAAGUUCAUGUAUCUGGAUGGUAUGAUAUACAGAAUGAUGAAGAUUACAUAGAAAGUUAUAAUAGAAUGAAAGAUUUUCAUUUACAAGAGUAUCCAACAUAUAAAAUAGAAGAGAAAUAUAAAAACAUGAAAAAAAAAUGUAUUAAGAAUAUUUCUGACAAAGACGUUAUUUUUUACCAAGAUCAUGGUACGGAAUAUUGGGUUACAGAAAACAAAGAAUCAUAUAAAGUGAAUAAUAAAAUUGAGUUUUAA